AUGAAUUUCAUUACGCAGCCUAUCAUAUUCGCCACUGGCCAAUUCGCGACCCAGUGUAUUCGCUUGGACUUGGUAGAAAUACAAACGCCUGACGUUGGCCGGAAACACACUCCGGGGAGCAUUCGCAACCUGCUCGAUCCCCCGCCUGUUGUUCGCCUCAGGCUCUUCGGCGUCGAUGGGCAUGGAACCUCCACUCAGGCAGAAACUGAAUUGAACUACGAGUUGAGCACGGCCGGAUUAGUGCUCUCCGUCGACCUCCUCCACACCCAAGGCUCUGUAACACAGCUAGGAAUUAUUGCGCCCUUAAACCAUGCAAGCUCCUUCGCCGGUGAUGCCUACGUUCAACCCCUCCUCAUCGACUAUCAAGGCCGCAAAGAUCUCUUGUUUACCAUGGGUAAUCUCGCGGUAAAGAGAGAUGGGAAUUUCUUCCUCCGAUACCGACUCUGCGACCUCUUUUCUGCCCCAACAGUUCUUCAGAAUGGCUUGAGUUUUGUUGCAGAGUGCCAUGGAGUCCCUUUCAACGUCUAUUCAGGACCAAGAUUUCCUGGGUUCGCGGCUUCUACCGCGUUGACCAAGCAUCUGGCUCGCGCUGGUGUGUCUGUCAGGAUUCGCGUGCGCGAUACAGUGCGUGCCGGUCUGGAAGGCGGAAAUCAGCCCUCCGAAAUGCCAGAAUUUGUCGUGGAGUAA